AUGAUUUCUGAGAUUCUGGCCCAUCCGUUGGGUCUGGCCGUUGUCGGACCCUUUCUAGGCUUCUUCUUGGGUGUGCUGGAGGCGGCAUACCCGGGGAUCCUCCCACAGCCUUUACUCAAUGUGCUUUCCGCACCGAUCAAUGUGUACUUGUCCUGGUGCUAUCCCAUCAAAAGCGCAGACGGCAUAAAGGACUUACCCUCGUGUGCAUAUCGCUGGCCUAAUGGACAAGGAGACACGGCCAAAUUCCUACAAGGGAUUGAGAACAGUCCGCGCUGGGAGAAAGCUUUUGGAAGUAUCUACCGGAUUUGGAGUGGAACCAAGCCUGAGGUUGUCCUCACACGCCCGGAGCACCUCCAACCGGUCUUUUUCGAUUCUGACCGACAUACCAAAGCGGUGAAUAACAACUCCGGAUAUCUACUGGGAGAGCUACUAGGAAAAUGCGUGGGUCUGAUCAGCCCACCGCAGUGGCAAUGGGUUCGAGCAGUCACCCAACCUCCCUUCCUGCACCCGGCGUGCGUGGCUCAAACCGACCGGAUUCAAGAGAUCGUGCGCGCCUUCUUUCAGGAGCUGGAACUUGACGACACUGGAUCCCUAGCUAGAGGACUAAUUCACCCCGCGCAUGACCUGAAGAUGCUACCUUUCUGGGUGGUCUGCGAGUUGUUCUACGGACCCUUGCCGUGGCACCUGGUCCAGGAGCUGAAGCGGCUCGCUCCACUGCGGGAGAAUCUCAUGAAGCAUGCAAUCCGUGGUGGACUUGCGCGGUUCAGCUGGUCCCGGUAUCUGCCUACGCAGGCAAAUCGGGAGUUGAAGGAUUUCCAGAGCCGCUGGCGACAAUUCAACCGGGACGUAGUGGCACAGGCACGAAAGGCCGAGAAACCUGCUCCAAUCGCAAAGAUGUACGAUGCCGUCGAUCGAAGGGAGAUUAGUGAAGAUCAGCUCCUGCAAACGCUGGAUGAGGCCCUAUUUGCCAACCUGGAUGUCACUACUGGCGGCCUCUCAUGGAACCUUGUGUUUGUGGCCGCGCACCCGGACUGCCAGAGGAAGCUUCGAGAGGAAAUGAACGAAGCGACAGGAACAGGGAGCCUGAAUAAGUAUCUCCAAGGCCAUUCAACCUACCUACAAGCAUGCAUUCUCGAAUCCAGCCGUCUGAAGCCACUCGCGGCAUUCUCGGUUCCCCAGUCCGCACCAACAGAGCGGGUAGUCGGAGGAUUCCGCAUCCCGGCCAAGACGAAUUUUGUUGUUGAUGCUUAUGCUCUCAAUAUUCGCGGUCCCUACUGGGCUCCUGACAACGAGACCUACCGUCCGGAACGGUUUCUUGACCGUAAGAAUGUGGAGUUGAGGUAUUCAUUCUGGAGAUUCGGCUUCGGGCCUCGGCAGUGUAUGGGCAAGUACGCGGCGGAUGCCGUGAUUCGGGCUACGUUGGUAUACCUUCUCCAGCAGUAUAACCUGUCGUUACGGGAAGAGGGCGAUUGGACCCGAGAUCAAGAGUCUUGGAUUACCCAUCCAGACUUCUACCUUUGCUGUAACAAUGGAAUCUCGGUUCGCUCUCAUGCGGUGGUCGAGGCUAUCAUGCCCAAGAUCCAGGACGCCGUAGCUGAGAGAACCCGCGCAGAUAAUCCCAAUAUUGACCUAUCGACUGCCGAAAACUGGCUGAUCCGCGACGAAUUGAUCGAUAUCUGCAAGAGUAGUAUCCAGGCGGACCUCACCACCAACCAUCUGUCCUAUCCCAAUGGUUUCUCUGGAGAUCCCAGCAUGGUCGACGGCCUCGCAAGCUUCCUGAACGAGCAUUUCGACCCACAUGAGCCAGUCCAAACCGCACAUAUUGCCACGGCUCCGGGUGCAGCCAGUUGUUUAGAUGCAUUGCUUUACACGAUCUGCGACCCGGGAGACGCAGUCCUCGUUCCAGCACCGUACUGGAACGGAUUCGACUUUCAAUUCCGCGUUCGAGCAUCGGUCACACCACUACCAGUGAACUGCAGCAGCUUUGCGAGGACCUUCUCUUUGGAUUUAUUGGUCGCGUUAGAGGAGGCUAUCGAAAAUGCCACUUCACCAGUAAAAGCCCUCGUCCUGACAAACCCUCACAAUCCAUUCGCACAAUGCUAUCCUCGCGAGGUUAUCGAGGCUUGCCUGCAGUUCUGCGAGAGACAUGAUCUCCACCUGAUAUCGGACGAAGUAUACGCUCUGAGCAUAUUCGACUCUGCCGACUCAAAGGGCCUCCCUCCCUUCGUCUCGGCGUUAUCCCUGAAUCCAGUGGCAUUAGACUGCGCUCCGCAUCGUGUACACGUCAUCUGGAGCAUAAGCAAGGAUUUUGGGUCCAGUGGAAUUCGACUGGGAUGCACUGUGUCCCAACAUAACCCCAAGGUAAUUGUUGGAGUGUCCCUAGCGUCCAACACACAGACUUCCUCACUUGCAGCCAUUUUCACCCAGAAUCUGCUGUGCUCCCCUCUUACACCCCAGUUGAUGCGACUCAACAGGGAGAGGCUGUCACUCGCGUACUCCACACUCACUGGAUGGAUGAAGGAAAACGGAUUCGCAUACAUCCCAGCCAAUGCAGGAAUCUUUGUUUUUGCCCGGUUGGGCAACGCAGUUACGAGCUGGGACGAGGAGAAGGAGCUGGUUCUACGGUGCAAAGCGGCAGGUGUGUUGGUAAGCGCAGGACAGGCCUACCAUGGCAUUGAGUCGGAGAAGGGAUGGGUGCGAAUCACAUUUGCAGUCAAGCCAGAAGUACUGCUUGAGGGUCUGAAUCGGCUGGCCCUAGCCCUGGGCGUGCGGCCUCCAUCGGCCCAGUAG